AAUGACGGUGUCUGGUGAAAAAGUGAGUAAACUUUCCCUGGUCGAUCUUGCCGGAUCGGAACGAGCACAAAAGACUGGGGCGGUUGGAGAGCGCCUGAAAGAAGGUUCAAAUAUAAACAAGUCAUUAACAACUCUUGGUUUAGUUAUAUCUGCUCUUGCUGAGCAGGAUUCAGCGUCAUCAAAAUUCGUACCAUAUAGAGAUUCUGUAUUAACAUGGCUAUUAAAAGACAAUCUCGGAGGAAACUCCAAAACAGUUAUGUUGGCUACAGUUAGUCCUUCGGCCGAUAAUUAUGAUGAAACAUUAUCAACUUUACGAUACGCUGAUCGAGCUAAGAGAAUUGUUUGCCAUGCUGUCGUUAACGAAGAUCCUAACGCUAGAAUAAUAAGAGAAUUAAGAGAUGAAGUGGAUCAGUUAAGAAGGAUGCUAAACGAAGCACAGGCAAAACAAGAAUAUGACCUAAAUUUCGAAUUUGUCGAUGAGUCGGAAUUUAGAGACGCUCCGACUCGUACAAGUAGAAAAUCUCGUCUAACAAAUAACGGCUUACUUGUUGACUGA